GUAUGUAAAGGGACAAUGCUUAAUUUACAUCCAACGGAGAGAGAUUGAUAAACAUCUUUUGUCUGAAAGAAAACUUGUUUCUCUCCUGUGACUCCUGCAGUUUUAGAUCAUGUAUCAAGACCUUUGCACAGGUGCGUGGAAUCUGGUGCAGCUAACUUAAUGAUUCAGCAGAAGAGCAAACACUUCAUUCUUCUCCUCUCAAAUGGCUUGCUCUGCAAGGAUUUUGGUGACAGCCUGGUGCUUUUUUGUUGGCAUCUCUGUUUCUGUGCCAGGAUGGCAAGAACUGGUCAAUGGGCUCCCACCUCCUUGUGAGAGCCAGAUUUACUGUACUGGGGACCUCCUGAAGCAGGUCCAGCUGGCCAGGCUCUUCUCUGAUGACAAACACUUUGUUGACAUGCCGUUGCGGGAGUCUCCAGAACUAGUUCUGAAGAAGUUUCAGCAGCUAGUGAAUGUGACUCCGGGGGGGAUGUUGUCCAAAGAGCAGCUGCAACAGUUUGUGAGCUCAUCCUUCAGUGACCCUGGACAGGAGUUUGAGCAAUGGGAACCUCAGGACUGGACGAGCAGCCCCCAGAUUUUAGCCAAGAUUUCUGACCAGAAACUCCAGGCAUGGGCAUCGGAUCUGAAUGCCAAGUGGAAAUCCCUAGGGAGAAAGAUCAAAGAUGACGUUAGGACUCGCCCGAUGUUUUACUCUCAGAUUUAUGUGCCGCACCCUCUGAUGGUGCCCGGUGGCAGGUUCAUUGAAUUUUACUACUGGGAUUCCUACUGGGUGAUCGAAGGGCUGCUCCUCUCUGAAAUGGCAACCACAGCCAAGGGGAUGAUACAGAACUUCUUGUACCUGGUGGAAAGGUAUGGGCACAUCCCAAAUGGAGGGCGAGUCUAUUACCUGCGCCGGAGCCAGCCACCUUUCCUCACUCUGAUGAUGGAUGCCUACCUGGCCCACGCCAAUGACACAGAGUUUCUCAGGGAGAAUAUCCAUCUGCUGGAGGUAGAGUACGAGUUCUGGCAGAGGAAUCGCUCUGUGAGCAUCACAGUUGGGGACAGGAAUCACACUCUGAACUACUACAACGUUCAGAUCGGGGAGCCCAGACCAGAGUCCUACAGCAAAGACUGGGAGUUGGCAAGUGACUUAAAUGAAGAUGCCAGGCAGGAGCUCUGGGCAGAGCUAAAAUCAGCAGCCGAGUCAGGCUGGGACUUUUCCUCUCGCUGGUUCCUCUCCUGGUCUCCCCCGCUCCCUGCGACACUAAAGGAUACCAAAGCCAGGGCUGUAGUGCCAGUGGAUCUGAAUGCCUUUCUGUGCAAGACAGAGCACCUGCUGGCUUCAUUCUACAGGAUACUGGGAAACACCAGCAAGGCUGCCCAGUUCCAGGCCGCUCUGGAGCACAGGCUCGAGGCAGUCCAAGCUGUCUUCUGGAAUGAGGCUGCUGGAGUCUGGCUGGACUUCAACCUCCUGAAGAAGCAGCCAAACCCAGCCUUCUACCCCUCCAACCUGGCACCCCUGUGGACUGACUGCUUCUCAGACCAGGCUGCAGCUGAGAGGGCAGUGCGGUACUUAGAGGGGAGCACAGUGCUGUCCUACAAGAACGGGAUCCCUACCUCACUUGCCAGGACUGGGGAGCAGUGGGACCUGCCCAAUGCCUGGCCUCCACUGCAGCAUAUGGUGAUUGCAGGUUUGGCCAAGUCCAGAUCCUCGAGAGCCAAAGAAAUUGCCUUUGUCCUGGCGCAGAACUGGGUCAGAACCAACUUUGCCUUAUAUAAGAAGUACCAGGCCAUGUUCGAAAAGUACAAUGUGGAUGGAGAUGGGAAGCCAGGGACAGGAGGAGAGUACCAAGUCCAGGGGCAGAGCAGAGCACAUUCAAAGGCAGGCAUCUUCCCAGCACAGUGCCUACUGAGAACCCUUUGGCUCAGGGCCCAGCUGGCUGUGGUCAAGAGCAGGGACGGUGGAAACAACUUCAAGUCUGUUACUCAAAAGGCUUUAUUGUUUGCAGUCUGUCUACAACUACUGAAAAGAGAGAGGCUGGACUGGCUCCUACCUGUCCCCAGCCUAGAUGGGCAGAAGGCGGUACAAACUGGACAAAAGGAGAGCUAGGCCUAACAGCAGUGGCACUUGUAGGAAUUCAAAUACCUAGGGUUAAAAAAGAUAUUUGGAAAAUAAGGAUUUCAAGGUUAUAAAAGCAAGGUGGGAUUUAAAUAGUCUUGUUCUUUCAAGGGAUUUUCAGCGUUGUGAAACUUAACUCUUCACUAAGCCCUAGAGGAAGGCUCUGGAAAUUCCUAGCUCUCAGCUGGAUUUUGCUAAUAUGGGUAGGUAUAGGUAGCCACUUUAAAGGGGCAUAAGAUGUCAAGGGGCCCAAUUUUUUAGCCACUCAAAGCACCAGUGCUUCCACUUCUACAGGCUGAGCAGCUUCAGGCUUGGAUAGCAUGGGCCCAGUGCUGCAAGGGGCUGUGCACCCUCAGCUCUCUGGGACUCUGAGGGGGCUCAGCACCUCAUACCAUCUGGCUUUUAGAUGUGAAUUUAGGCUCUGCCUCCCCAUGAGGCAUGUGCAGACAGUUAACUGUAGGCACCUAGAUUUAAGAACCAGGCUCUGCAUUCUUCUUGCCCUGCCCUCCUGGCAUCUCCUUUGGGUGAGGCACUUUUUAAAGCUCACAGUGUCAGAAGAACAAGCCAUUGGUUUCAUUAGACUACACCUUAGUGCCUAGUGCAUGAGAGAGAUCACAAGCCCUGGCAGACAUAAAUAUUCCCCCUCAUCCCACAGCAUUUGCACACCUGGCACAGUUACUUCUAGCUUUACACCAUCAGAACCUUACAACCAGGCACCUUGCCUGUGCUGAUGCCCAGACUCUGAGGUGGUCAAGGCACAGGAGAGCAGAGAGGUGUCUGACAUGGACAGACCCCUCACUGUUACAGGUAGCUGCAGUAAAUCUGGCAGGACUGUCAUGGUGCACAUCCUGGCACCGGCAGCAGCCUUGGCACUGGUGAGAAUGGCACAAGAAAAGGAAACAAGUCAAGCAGACAGUGGAGCAAACAGGGGUCUGGUCACAGGUGCUGGUAGGAUGCGCUAGAUGAGUCUGUGAUGCAGUUGUCAUAGUGAUGCCCAACAAUCUCCAGUUUUAAAAAAGUGGCAGCAUUGAGAGAGCUUAGUUCCUUAAUCCAACAGCUUCAGGCCUAGUUUGCACUGGAACCGGUGGGAUGGUCUUUGGCAGCUCUUCCGCUUUGUACCUUUCAGCCCAUUGAUAUGUUUCCAUCAAAGAAUAAAAAAGUCUGUUCUGUUACAUAUAUUAAAAAAAAAAACCCUCUUGGCUAGGACUCUGUCCUAGCCUUGCUUAACACCUCUCUGUUCCACGUGAAAGCAAUUACACCAUGCCUGGGCACUAGCUAGGCACGUGCCAUCACUCUUAUCACCCACACUGUGUUUAAGAGAAAGCGCAGGGCAUUUGGUGCAGGCGGAAGGGGAAACGCAACAGCGAUUCCACUAUUCCACAAGGAAUGGCUACAAUAUGAAAAAAUAAGGAUUUUGUAACAAAAUCAUGGCUUUACAGGGUUGAUUUUUCCAAUUUUUUUACCA